UAGUUAUCCACCUGGCCACACCAGCUUGUUUGACAGCUAAUACACCGUCUCACAUAUUUUUCAAUCACAUUUACUUGACUCGGCAAAAAGGAAUAAAAACUGAAAAUGCCCGACGCUGUUCAACAAAGCUUCGUGCGGAGCUUCAUCGAUUACUUGAAGAAGCAGGUGGAUCUGAUGUCGCCGGAUCAGGCGGAGAGUAUCGAAGUGGCCAUCCAGUGCCUGCAGGCAGCUUUCGACGUCGGCGAGGACGGCGAGCAGGACGGAACUGGGCAGGACCUGGAGCAGGAGCGGACACAGAGCACCACCUCGAGUGCCCCGGCUGGUGAUGCGGCGCCCAGUGGCAGCAGUGCAGCCCCCAAAAACAUCGACAUGUUCGAGCUCUUCCAGUCGCUGUACAUCGAGCGCAACCCGGAAUCACUUGCCCUGGCCGACAACAUCAAAAAUGAGGGCAACCGCCUGAUGAAGGAGUGCAAGUACAACGAGGCAUUGCUCCAAUAUAACAGAGCUAUCGCCUUCGACCCCAAGAAUCCGAUCUUCUACUGCAAUCGCGCGGCGGCUCACAUCCGUUUGGGUGACAAUGAGAGGGCCGUCACCGAUUGCAAGUCCGCCCUGCUGUACAACACCAACUACAGCAAGGCGUACUGUCGGUUGGGAGUGGCCUACUCGAACAUGGGAAAGUUUGCGGAGGCUGAGCAGGCCUACAGCAAGGCUAUCGAACUGGAGCCGGACAAUCCCGACUACCGCAACAACCUGGAGGGGGUCCGAAACGCCCGGAACCAGCCGCCGCAGCUGUCCCACCUGACGGACGGACUCAACGCUAUGCUGGCCAAUCCCACUGUUCGGAAUCUGUUCAGCAGCGCCGAGAUUGAUCUGGAGCAGUUGCAGUCGAUGACCCAGAACCCGAUGGUUAUGAAUACGAUUGGUCAGCUGUUUGCCAACAUGGGCAAUCCAGCAGCCGGAGGAGUUGGAGCCGGUGGUGCUCCAGCUAGUGGCGGGGCUCCACCACAGAUCCCUCCCAUGUCGAACGAUAUGCUGCAGCUUUUCCAGAGCUUCGCCAGCCAACUGAUGGGUGCCCAACAGCAGCCGGGUGGCAAUGCUGAUAAUGGCCAGCAGCCGGGUAACCAGCCCCCGCCGAGCAUCUAGUGAGGAUCGGGAUAGUUAAGCUGGAUACUAUGAUUAUUGUAUUUUUAAUGUUUAAAAGGCUUCGAUAACAAUAUAAAUAUAUAUAUAUAUUUUUAUUAAU